UGUCAACUAUCUUCAGACAAAUAUUACGUACAUGCGAGUACAAUCACAAAAGUAAUACAUAUUUCCGACCUUUAUACAUUUACAUCAUAUUUUCCAAUGGCUACGAUAGAGGAAAAAUCUUGUCAUGAUGAUACUGAUUGUCCCGAUAAACAAUAUUGUUAUCAUGUAUCGGAGCGAUGUGUUGACUUUACCCAGUGCAGCAGGUAUAAUAGACAAGAAAAUAGCGAAGGAAGAUCACGACAUCCUUCUCGAUGUGGACCCUGUUUUCCUGGUUACACCGCGGAAAGAUUAAGUACUGGAGAAAUGGCGUUGUUAUGUAGAAAAAUAAAUGCAGAACAAAGUAUUUCCGAAACAUAUAGAUUGAACAAUAAUAUAAUUAUUUAUACAACAUUUGGAAUAUUAACAAUUUUUGGAGUAUUGACUUUACUUAUUAUUAUAUUUUAUAAAAAACGAACAUCAAAACGACAAAAUAAUAAGAUAAAACAAAGCGGAGAACUUCGCGUUAUGGAACCCACUGCUCCACCUUUAGAAAAUAGUCCUUUUAUCACUUGCAAAAAAAAGUCAUCUCCAGUGCCUUUUAAUAAUAAUAAAAAUUUGAAAGAUAAGAAUAAUCUUGUGCGUGCUACUUGUUGUGCACCUCCAUAUAGGGAUCAUACAAAUUUUAAUUAUGAAAACGAUCAAAAUGCAAACGAUAAUGCAACAGAACCAUUACAUUACUUGUCUAAUCAAUCUAACAAUUGGACUUCAGAACAACUGACACGUGAAGUUAUAAAUGGAAAUUUAUCUGGAUAUGAAGUAGCACAAAUGGAUAAUAUCUUAAACACAACUUUAAUUCAAACAGAUAAUCCUUCUUCAUCUAAUUCUCAAGAAGAUAAUAAUAAUAACAAUACUAAUAAUGAUGAUUCAAGAUCUGAAUCAAGUAAUACUCAAAAUAAUAGAGAACAUAUACGAAUUUCUAAUAUUUUGAUUUCUCAAAAAAUAUCUAUGAAUGUGAAUUUACUCAAUAAUGAUUCUUGAUUUCAAAAAUAUGCAUAUCAUAAGAUAAUAUGUUAAUCAAGUGCCUCAUUUAUAUAAAGCAACAUUAAUUUUUUUUUUUUACAUAGAAUUAAAUAAUUAAAAAAUAAUUUUAAUGAACAUU